AUGAGCAGACAACCAGUGGCGGGAUUAUUAUCCCUGACACUGCGAAAGAGAAACCCCAAGAAGGGCGAAGUCAUCGCUGUUGGGCAAGGUCGCUUGCUUGACAAUGGUGACCGGCAACCCAUUGACGUUGCAGUUGAAGACAAAAUCCUGUUUGGGAAAUACUCUGGUACUGAAGUAACGUAUGACAAUGAAGAGUUGCUGAUUCUACGCGAAGAUGACAUCUUGGCAAAGAUUAGCUAA